AUGAACUCGUCUGUGCCGUUUGCGACCCUACAGCUGCAUUCGUGAGCUCAAGAACGACUGAAGCAUGGCAAAAUCCAAAGCCUACGUCGUCACCGUCGGCAAGAAGAUCGGGGUGUUCACGAAAUGGCUCGACGUUGCUCCGCUCAUUCAGAAUGUCUCGAACCCGGUCUUCCAAGGGUUCCCAGACUGGGGCUCGGCCAACGAUGCGUUCGAGGAAGCUUAUGCGCGUGGGGAGACCAAGAUCGUUAGGGACGGUCCUUCGAAGGGCGCACGGCCGAAGCAGGAACCUAGGCGAAGCACAGGGACUCGAAGCACGACGACUCUGUCGUCGGCCGGACGUGCGGCGCGCGACGCGAUCAUAGCCGAGGAACUAGAAGCAGCCAGACGCGAGAGCCAGCAUAACAGCACCAGCGGUGUCACCGUAAGAGAUGGCGAACGCGGCCCAUCGACGAGGUCUAUGACGCGGGCCCAAACCCAGCCGACGCAACAGGUGCCUCCGAGACAGCCAGAACCAAGAGUGCAGCAAGUACCACGUCCAGCCGUGCAAGGUCAAGCAAACCCGAAGAGCGCGUCCAGCAACCCGUCGACCUCGUCUUCGCCUCCAACGUGUGUCACCACAAGGGAAUAUGGCUCCGAGCCUGUCCAAGGUCCUCGGUAUGCGCAGUCGCUCUCCUACGCGUCCGAUACGUCCCCGGCCGUCCAGAGCGACGUGCACAUGGCCUCGCCCGCGACGGGCAGCAGUGCGCUCGCGUCGAGUGACCGCAGGAGCGACGUUUCCUUACCAUCGACGAACGCGACCAAGUACUUCCCCGCGGACUUUGCGAUUCGCCCGCGCGACGCGUACACCAAGGCAAGAGAGCGCGACGCAUCCAGGCUGCUUGUCCGAAGCCCGGCGCUGACCGUGUCCGAAUACGCAACGCCAUCAGGCUCUGCGCAGACCCGACAGUCCGAGUUGAGUCCCCUGGCAUCCGGAAACCCGAUGCCGCCUCCCGCGACGCAGUCCACGAUCCUUCAGUCGCCUGUCGCGCCCGUGUCUCCGGCCACGAAGACCCGGCGGAGGAAGGUCGGCAAGGACUACAGCGACGCGAGCAUCCAGGUGGACCGCCCAACUCGCAAGCGCGCUUACACAGUAGCCCAAGUUCAGGCGUCCGACGAGCGACAAUAUGCGACUGCAGAGGCUCAGACAUCGCCCGCGCUGUGGGAGCGCGCGAUGCCGCCGCCGCGCACGCCAAAUGACACCGGAGGCGCCUCAGAUGGUGCUCAGGGCGAGUGUGGGUGCGAGCAUCCAGCGCAUGUGUGCCGGCACUGUGGGCUCCCGGCGCGGGUCAUGCAGUCGGUGGCGAACCAUAUCGCGACGCCGACGCUGGCCUCCCCUGUGUCUGUCGCAUCCCCGGCGGCGGGCUCCUCUGUUGUAUCACCGGCGCCGCGCUCUUCCGUUUCGACCCCGGGCAGGCGCUCUACUGUCGCGACCCCGUCGGCGCGUUCUCUUGAAUCAUCCCCGGCGGCGCACCCUUCUGUGACAUCUCCAGCCUCGCGCUCCGCUGUGGCAUCUCCAGCGUCGCGCGCCUCCGUCUCGUCUCCAGCGAAACACUCCACGGUCGCGUCCCCGGCGUUGCGCUCGUCCGUCACGUCUUCUACGUGUUUCUCGUCUCCCUUAGCGUACACAUCGCUGGCCUCGUCCCCACCGUCCUCUUCGGCAAGGACCUCGCCAGCUUCGUUCCAUUCCGCGCGGUCCUCAGCGCAGUCUUUGCUUGGAGGGCAUACCCCUCUGUUAGGAUCCAGCGAGAGGCGGUCGGCGUCGGCCGCGUCCGCAGCAAGCCUGCAGGAAGGCUUGGAUGCGCUGGUCCGGUCAACGCCGGCGAGAAGCGGCGGCGCGUCCGCGGUGACGCACGACAUAUCGUUUGACCCGCGCUCUCCCAUCCAGAGGGGCACGUUGAUCCCGGCAGGGUCCGGGUUCAACAUGUUCGUGCGGCCAUCGCCCACCUUGGCUCCUUUGGAUAGUCUCUUGUUCUCAUAGUCUUGGUUUGUUUAGAAACUGAAAUCUUCCGACACUUCUCUUGCUAUCGUGUUGUCUUGUGUAUGUAUCUUGUGGAUUAUGCUCAUGUGCC